UUCAUCAUCGACAACAAUUGAAUCGGAUAUAACAACAACACCAUCAUCAACAAUGAUCAAUGCACAUGAUUUAUCAUUACGUGCAGCGGCAUCGGCAAAUGCAUAUAGUUUAUUUGCGGCAGCUGUUGCGGCAGCCGCUUCAAAGCCAAAUAAUGAUCCAAAAAAUGGUGUCGGUAGUGGCAUAAUGAUGGCCAAUAAUAAUAAUAAUAAUAAUUUUCCAUCAUCAGCCAAUACAGUAGCAGCAAAUUUUUUUAGCCAAAUGAAUCUAUUAUCAUCACAUCCAUCAUCAUUAGCGACAACAAUUAGACAGCCAUCAAUACAACCACCACCACCACCACCAGUACCGCCACCAUCAGCAUUUGGUUCAUUAUCAAACAUACCAUUAACAACAAUGGAACAGAUACAAAAUGCGGCAGCAGCAGCAGCAGCCGCAGCGGCUGCGGCUGCGGCCGCCACAUCAUCAUCAAUACAUUCAUCAAAUAAUAGUACAAUAGCUGGAGAUAGUGAUGGUGAUUUGGAUAAUGACUGUAUGGAUGAUGAUCUUUGUUCAUCAAAUGACGGUGAAGAUGAAAGUAGUAGUAGUAGAGUUGGAAACAACGACAACAUUGUAGCUGAUUCAAGAUUUCAUCAUCAUGCUCAUCAACCACAGCAUGCUAAUCGAAUUAUACCGGAAUUGAAAAUGCAAAAAAAACAACGUAAAGCUCGUACAGCAUUCACUGAUCAUCAAUUACAGACACUGGAAAAAAGUUUUGAACGACAAAAAUAUCUAUCCGUUCAGGAUCGUAUGGAAUUGGCGGCCAAAUUAAAUCUAUCCGAUACACAGGUUAAAACUUGGUAUCAAAAUAGACGAACCAAAUGGAAACGACAAACAGCCGUAGGUUUGGAAUUGUUAGCUGAAGCAGGCAAUUAUGCCGCUGUACAACGUAUGUUACAAACAUCACCAUAUUGGUUAUCACAAUAUGGUAAUGUGGCUACGGCUGCAUUAGCAGCGGCCGCCGCUACAAAUCCAACAUUAUCAAAUAAUCAGGCUGCUGCAGCUGCGGCUGCAGCGGCAGCCGCAGCAACACAAUCUGGCACUACAACACCAUUCGAUAUUUAUUAUCGACAAGCGGCUGCAGCAUUACAACAAAAACAUCCUAGUCCACAAACAUCAUCAUCAUCAUCAUCGACGACAACAGCAGCAACCUCAUCAUCUUCAUGGACGACAAUUUCAACACCAACAACUCAAUCAGUAUUUUCAUCAUCAUCGUCAUCAUCAUCAUAUAUCACACCAACAGCCACAAAUAUUGGUCGUUUUAAUCCAUUAUAUUUAAGUGGAUUAAAUUUACCAAAUCAAUCGGCAUCAAUAUUUGAAAAUGGACGUUCCAUGUCCAGUUUAAUGAUACCUAAAAUGAUGAUGUCCAAUAAUGGUGGUGUGGUGGUGGUGGUGACAAUAGUCUAG